AAAAAAUAGUCUAGAGAGACCCACAACAGAAGCAAAAGUGUGUUGAGAGAAAGGUUAAUGGUAGAUUCAUUAAACAAAGCUAAUCCAGAGUGAGAUACACUUCACCCUUUCAUAACACAACUACUGUGACUCAGCUUUCUGUCCUAAAAUUAACAAUACAGUCAAGCCCAGGUCAAGUCAUUCAAACCAUGGACAAUUCAACGCCACCCCCAACGGCUUCGUCAACCCAACCACCGCCUCCACCACCAGCAGCAGCACCACCGACUUCGUCAAAGCCCAAAUGGGUUCUUCCCUACAGGACCCAGAACCUUAGAGAUCACUACACCAUAGGCAAAAAGCUCGGCCAAGGCCAGUUUGGUACUACUUAUCUCUGUACCCAUAAGUCCACUGGCCAUAACUACGCCUGCAAAUCAAUCCCAAAACGAAAACUUCUCUGCACGGAAGACUAUGAAGAUGUUUGGAGAGAAAUCCAGAUAAUGCACCAUCUCUCUGAGCAUCCUCAUGUGGUGAGGAUCAGUGGUGGCUAUGAGGAUGCCUACUGUGUUCACUUGGUGAUGGAGCUAUGUGAAGGUGGUGAGCUUUUUGAUAGAAUUGUCGAGAGGGGGCAUUACAGUGAGAGGGAGGCUGCUAAGCUUAUCAAGACUAUUGUUGGGGUUGUUGAGGCUUGUCACUCUUUAGGUGUCAUGCAUAGAGAUCUUAAGCCUGAGAAUUUCUUGUUUCUUAGUGUUGAUGAGGAUGCUGCUCUCAAAGCUACUGAUUUUGGCCUCUCUGUCUUCUAUAAGCCAGGUGAAUCCUUUUCUGAUGUUGUUGGAAGUCCAUACUACGUUGCACCAGAGGUGUUACGCAAGCAAUAUGGACCUGAAUCAGAUGUAUGGAGUGCAGGAAUCAUAUUAUACAUAUUAUUAUCUGGAGUUCCACCCUUUUGGGCAGAAACUGAAAUGGGAAUCUUCCGGCAGAUAUUACAAGGAAAAUUGGACUUUGAGUCUGAUCCAUGGCCUGGCAUUUCAGAAAGCGCCAAGGACCUCAUAAAAAAUAUGCUGCAGCGGAGUCCAAAGAGAAGGCUAACUGCUCACGAAGUACUAUGCCACCCAUGGAUAGUGGAUGACAGAAUUGCCCCUGAUAAACCUCUUGAUUCUGCUGUUUUAUCUCGCUUGAAGCAGUUUUCUGCAAUGAACAAGCUUAAGAAAAUGGCUUUGCGAGUUAUAGCAGAGAGGCUUUCAGAAGAAGAGAUCGGCGGUCUAAAAGAGUUGUUCAAAAUGAUCGAUACCGAUAACAGUGGAACAAUAACUUUUGAUGAAUUAAAAGAAGGGUUAAAGCGAGUAGGGUCUGAACUUAUGGAGUCCGAGAUAAAGGAUUUGAUGGAAGCAGCUGAUAUUGACAACAGUGGAACAAUCGAGUAUGGUGAAUUCCUUGCAGCAACUGUACACUUGAAUAAACUAGAAAGAGAGGAAAAUUUGGUAUCGGCUUUCGCGUUCUUCGACAAAGACGGCAGCGGCUAUAUAACCAUUGAUGAGCUUCAACAAGCUUGCAAAGAGUUUGGAUUAAGUGAGCUCCACCUUGAUGACAUGAUCAAGGAAAUUGAUCAAGAUAAUGAUGGGCAAAUAGAUUAUGGAGAAUUUGCAGCAAUGAUGAGGAUGGGCAAUGGAGGGAUUGGUAGGAGAACCAUGAGAGGCACAUUUAACUUAGCAGAUGCUUUAAAACUAAUUGAUUGAUUCUCAACUCAUCUAACUCAGACCAACUUUUAUCAAUUUCAUCUUUUAUCUUUAUGAAUCCCCAAUUUUGGCUUCUUUA